CUAGUCGUUUCAAUUUCAUUCGCCGAUCAUCGUCACGCACCACUGAGGACAGCACUGCUCAGGUGUGAUUCCUGCUGCUUUUAUACGCGUCUUUGCUAACGUACGAAUGUCUUUAGGACCUUGAAGCCCCCGUAGACGGCGUCGAGGAUGACUCGACGCAAGCCCGGGAAGGCACGCAAGGAGAAGAGACAAGUGACUUGCCAGAAGAACGGGGCUCACAGGACGAAAGCCACUCGCAAGACGAAGACAGUGGAAAUCCGCAAGGCGAAGACAAUGGAAAUCCGCAAGGCGAAGACGAUGGAAACCCGCAAGUCGAAUUGUCUCGCCAAGAAUCCUUACCCAUAGUGGUAGAAUCCCCCCAAGAGGAUGCAGAUAUGCAAUUCGUGCCCCCAUCUUCAGACACAGCCACCCAAGAGUCUGCCAUCACUGCGGAGCCCGCCACCAUUGCGGAGCCUGUCAACAGAGUCGAUAGCCCUGUCGAAGACCCUGAGGUUAUCCUCAAGCACAAACAGGAGACUUUCCAGAACAUAAUCGACGACAAAUUAUCGAACAUGCCUCUUCGCUUGAUAGACACCCACAGUGGGAUCCUAUAUACUAGCAAUGACCUCGACGGAGUUUUCAAAGAGUCGGAGGAGUACCAACGGCUCUCUGAGAAUCUUCUGUUCACCCCCGAGGAUAGCAUUAAGCGCAAAGUUAACCGAUACUUUCAAUAUGCGAUGCUUUCCCACAAGUGGGCAAGCGCGAAGGACGAACCCCAAUAUUGGCAGAUCAAGGGCAGCGUCUACGAGAUGGAUGCCCCGCGGGAAAUCUCCAAGCUGCAACAAUUCUGUACAGUCUCGAAGAAAGAAGGCUAUCGAUGGGCGUGGAGCGACACGUGUUGUAUCGAUAAGACGAACAACGCUGAGCUUCAAGAAUCCAUUAUCUCGAUGUUUUCUUGGUACAAGGAGUCGGCAAUCACUAUCGUUUACCUUGCAGACGUUUCCGACAUUUCGCAGUUGAAAGACAGUCAGUGGUUCAAGAGAGGCUGGACGCUGCAGGAGCUCCUCGCACCUGGAUUUAUUCGAUUUUACAAGCAGGAUUGGCAGCCACUCAUCGAUUCUGACAAGAAUCACAAAGACGAACUUCUCACCGUUCUCCACGACAUCACUCGUAUCGAAAUCAAGGUUUUGGAGAAAUUCCAACCCGGCGUCGACAAUGUCAAGAAGCGGUUGAGCUGGGUGGGAGGCAGGACAACUAAGAAGAUCGAAGACAUUGCCUAUUGCCUCAUGGGUAAGCGUCAUCAUAGCCGAUGGAUUGUUCUAAUGCCCUUGCUAGGUAUUUUCGGUAUCCACAUGCCUGUAAUGUACGGGGAGAAACUCCACGCCUUUGUGCGGCUUCAGAAGGAGAUCAUGGCGCUUACCGAUGACCUCUCACUCUUUGACUGGUUAGGAGAGUCAUCGACCCUUCACAGUUACUUUGCUGCGCACCCCAGGUGCUUUAUGACCCCAUCUGAUGACCUUCGACAAGACUCCAUUUCAUCGAAAUUCGAAUUCAGGUUGCUCAAAACUUCGAAACGCAUCACCACCGGCUUGUCUUCUUCGGCUCUCAAGCUUGUAAAGGACGUUUUGAGAGACCCGCCUCACGGACGUUUUAUCGCGAACGGGAGAAUGAGUAUGCCCUUUUUCGUCCACGAAGUGGCCACCCUUGUCCCCAACCAAAAUGGCAAGCCCGGAACCUUCAGCUACCUCGUCAAAGCUGAGGGUCUCUCGGAGCUCGAGGUCAUCGCCACACAUAAGCUAGACACAUUAUAUGGAAAGAACGCUAUUGCCAAAUACAGCAUCGUACGAAUGUGGGACGCUAGACUUAUUCAACGCCAGGGGAGCACAGGCGCUGAGGCUCUUGAUACCCCGAUUGCUGAUAACCCUGAUUCGCCAGAGCUGCCUGCAACAGAGGGCACCCCGAAGCAGGGCAAGGAUGGCGAGAAGGAGAAGGAGAAAGAGAGAGAAAAGGACAAGGAAAAGGACAACUGGGUCGGUAAAUCCAAGGACUUCGUCACAGAGUGGCUCACCCAGAGCACUGCUGCCGCGUUGAUUCGGAAGCUGCAAGAGCCAUUCGUUGCGCAACUUCUCUUUACGCCCAAUGGUAAGCAGCCUUGGAAGAGGGUUGGAACUACCACUCGUAUCAUUGCCCAUGCAUCCUCCGGGUCCGUUAAUUUUAGGGGUCUUGAAAAUGUCAUCGUGUGCUGAAACCUUACGACUACAUUGCUGCUCGCUAGCCUCGCGUUACUUUGUUGUACCCAUGCCUUCCUCUACGAUUAUGAACUCCACGACUACGAACUACUAGUAUUUACCUAACGCGAUGAAGACAAUCAAAUAAUGCUCCUUGCCGUU